AUGAUAUUGGGGAAUCUCAUUGCUAUUACUCAAACAAGCAUGAAACGUAUGCACUCUGCUGGGCCGACACUGACACUGAGAGACGAAAGCUACGCCAUGCUCCACCAAGGCCAAGGAAGCCACACACACUUUGAUGAAGAAGAGGAAGAAGAGGAGCCGCAAGCUCGAUCGAGUGAGGCGACCCAGUCUUUUGGAGCAUUCUGGAGCAUAUGGGACGUGAGGAGCAUGGAGGACUUGGCACAUGGACGCAGCUCAACUGGAUACGCAAAGGAAGAAGGAGGAAGCCAUCUUGAAGACCAGCUCGACCAUCUACUCGACCAACCGGUCGAGUUCCUCAACUCGACCGGCCAAGCUUCAACUCGAUCGAGCUGA